CAAUCUCACCCCCCCCCCCCCAGAGAGCCUGCGAGUGACAUCGCAUAUUUGAUAUAUUCACCGAUUGGGAGAUAUACAUACGAUGGAUGAAAACCAAGCCGUUCAAUACUUGGAGUCGUUGAUCGGUCAAACGCUCCGGGUCCAUGCAACAGACACUCGCAUUUUCGUAGGCAGCUUCAAGUGCACAGAUGCGGCUCGAAAUGUCAUUCUCGCCAACACCUACGAGUAUCGCUAUCCCACCCCUUCUGCAAUCCGAGACGCAGCCCAGAAUGCAGCACCUAGGAGCUCUGUGGAUUCGCCAAACCUGAGAGUCGAUAUGACGAGUCGAUUCAUCGGUCUUGUGGUGGUACCCGGUCAACACAUCACGAGAAUCGAGCUGGAGGAACCCCCGCAACAGAGUCGCGUGCGAGAGACAAUUCGGGCUUCAUGAGUGUGGCGGUGGUUUUUUUUUUUUUUUUUUUUCUCUUUCCCCC